CUGUCAAAAUCAGCUGUAAAGUCAGACCUCUGAGGGGUCCGAGUGUCAAAUGACGCUUUCGAAUCCCACAGUUAGUUGCAGAUUUUCGAUGGUCCUGGACGGAACAUAACGCCCAACAAUCAUGGAUUUAUGCCAUGUCAUGUUUCCAAAUUUAGUUCAACCCUUCCUUUUUUUACAUAAAUAAUUAUGUUGCUCAAGUGAUAUCGUUACGGGCUUAAAAUAUUUUACUGUAUGAUUGAUAGAAUAGUUUAUUACGAACACAUUUGACCAUUAUGUUAGACAGAAGUAGCUACGAAAAAGCUUGCAAUGAUGAGGAUACCAAGGAGAAGAAUAAUACUUUACCACUGUUGGAAACGACAUCUGAGUAUCGUGAAAGAUGGAUUUCACUUAAAAUAAUGUUUUUUACUACAUUUCUGAUGUCUUUGGGCUUUAGCAUUGUCAUAACGGGUAUAUGGCCUUACUUGAGACAAUUAGAUCCACUUGCAACAAAGGAAUUCAUGGGAUACAUCGUUGCAGCGCAUCCAUUCGCUCAGAUGAUCUUUUCACCGCUUAUUGGCUGGUGGGGCAAUUGGCUGAAAAGUAGCCAGAUCCCUUUUAUGUUCACAAUGGUCCUAUUUGUUCUCUCCAGUGGACUCUAUUCGUCAGUUGAACUAUUCUCUGUUAACAGGGAAUAUUGGAUGUUGUCAGCACGAUUUCUAAUUGGAGCGUGUUCUGCAAACAUAGCUCUAUGUCGUUCUUAUAUUUCAUCUGCAACCAAGCUUGAGGAGCGAACAAGGGCGGUUUCUAUGAUAUCACUUGCACAGGUUUUAGGCUUCAUCGUAGGACCUGGAUUACAGGCUGCAGUAACCCCAUUGGGUCACAACGGUUUUCACAUCUGGCCUGGAAAAUUGACAGUUAACAUGUACACUGCAGCUGGAUGGGUCAAUGUGGUUCUUGGCCUUAUAAACCUUAUCCUCGUCACUCCACUUUUUUUCAAAGAGAAAUCCAUCGCAGCCAAAGAAGCUAUGUUUUUAAGUUCCUCUCCAUCAGAAAAAGCUGCAUGGAAACAAAUUAAACCUGACUAUCUAAUCGCUUGGACCAUGAUUAUUGCAUUCUUUGCCAUCACAUUAAUUUUUGUGCUCCUUGAAAGCAUUGGGACAACCCUUGCAAUAGAACAGUUUGCAUGGACGGAUAAAGAAGCGCUGUCGUACAUCGGGAUAUUGCUGUCGUGUGGAAGCAUUGCAGCUUGUUUCAUAGCUAUGUCUAUUGACAAAUUAAGUAAACUUGUUGGAGAAGUACAAUUGCUCAUAUGGGGAAGUUUCUUUUUAGUUGUUAUUGGUUCUUCUAUCUACAUACCAAUCGGAGGCGAACUUCCUCUGAUCGCAUACAAAAAUGCUUCAGUUGAUGAUGAAACAAACAGAGUAUUGGGCUGCCCUGAAGAGCAAGAAUGGUGUCUAUACACACCAGCAAUAGGGAAAUACCAAUAUGUCAUCGGAUUCGUUCUCAUAUCAAUAGGUUACCCGAUAGGCAUCACACUGAUACAGACAAUAUUUUCCAAAAUACUUGGCCCACGUCCUCAAGGUGUUUGGAUGGGCUUGAUCACUGGUUUCGGCUGCCUUUCUCGUGUUGUCGGCCCAGUCUUUGUUGUCUAUAUUUAUACAAACCUUGGUACGGUAUGGACAUUUGGCCUGAUCUCAGCCUUGAUGGUUUUCUCCCUGUUUUGGCUCUUGAUUUUCAAAGAUCGUAUAACAAACGCUUGUCUCCUUGCUCUCAAGUUGCAAAACAACGACAAUGAAGCCAAGCCUGAAAUUGAACUGGGAGACCUGGAAGAAGCCGAUUAAAAGCACACAAGUGUGAUAAAUAUUUUCUAUUUUAUUUAUACUAUAUUUAAAAUAUAAUAUUCUUUUCUUAAAUUUAUUAUAUCCUAUAUUUUUAAAAUACAUCAUUUUAUUCAUGUUAAAUAUCUAUCUGUGAUUUAAUAAUAUUUCAUUGCUAAGAGUAAUUUUACUUUAAAUCAUUCACUAAAAUGUCAGCUAUUAAUUAUGUGUUACAAAAUAUUUAAAAUUAUUAUAAAAUUAAAACACAGAUAGAAAACGUUUAUUUCUAAUGUAUUCUUUGGUUUUAUUAAUUUGAAUUGUUCAUUUGGCAAUUUUAUUUGACAAUUAAUGUAUGCACACGGAGAUAAGAUUUGUAUUUUAUAAAGUAUAAAGUUGCCAAAAAAAUUUCAGUGGUGUUCAGUUAUUGUACUAAAUAGAUUUGAUGCAAAUUUA